CAGAUAUCGUUGGUUCAUAUUGAGCUCAGAACAGCCUUGAGCACCUACUGGCAAAUACAAUGUCAGAAGAGGAUAUCGAUUGGCACAGAGCUUAGUUAAACAGGAUGACUGCUCAGGGUCAUAAUAUUUUCCCAAUUACCAGAAAGUGAUGAGGACUCAUGCACCAGCAGACUUACUGUGAUGCAUUUCCUUGGUAUUCUCCUGAAAGGAUUUGCUGAUGGAGGAAGGUGUCAAUAUACAACUGAACGGAGAUAACUCUUGGCGCGAUGACAUUGAUUUUUCAUACAACGACUCCAACAGUAACUUCAGCUGUUGCGAGGGGGGCAACGUGUGCGACCUGAACGAGGGCAGGGACUUCGAGGCCGUGUUCAUCCCAGUUCUGUACUCUGUGGCGUUCGUUGUGGGCAUCCUGGGAAAUGGAGUGCUGCUGGGAGUUCUGGUUCAGAGCAGGAGGACCUGGAGUGUGACCGACACCUUCAUCCUCCACCUGGGUGUGGCUGACGUCCUGCUGCUGGUGACGCUGCCCCUCUGGGCCGUGGAAGCUGCUCAACCUGCUGGCUGGACGCUUGGAACUCCCCUCUGUAAGAUCACUGGGGCUGUUUUCACGUUCAACUUCUACUGCGGGAUCUUUCUGCUGGCCUGCAUCAGUAUGGACCGCUACCUGUCCAUCGUUCACGCCACACAGAUGUACUCCCGUAGAAAGCCCUGGGUGGUUCAUGCCAGCUGCUUUGCUGUGUGGAACAUCUCCUUGCUCCUCUCCAUCCCUGACUGGAUCUUUUUGGAGGCUGUGGAGGAUGUCAGACGAGACAGAAUAGAGUGCAUUCCGAACUACUUCAAGUUUGACUCUGAUUCAGUAGGCGACUGGCGACUGGCAUCUCGCCUGCUCUACCACACGGUGGGCUUCCUGCUCCCUUCGGCGAUCCUAAUCUUCUGCUACUCCUGCAUCCUGCUGCGGCUGCGUUCCGGCUCCCAGGGCAUCCAAAAGCAGAAGGCCUUCAGGGUCAUUGUGGCCGUGGUGGUGGUUUUCUUUAUCUGCUGGACGCCCUACAACAUCACGCUCAUGGUGGACACACUUCAUUCCGCCAACAGCAGCGAUACCUGCGGGGUCAGGACGUCUCUGGAGAAAGCAAAGACCAUCACCUCCUCCUUGGGUUACCUCCACUGCAGCCUCAAUCCCAUCCUGUACGCCUUUGUGGGCGUGAAGUUCCGGCGUCAGCUCGUGGACAUCCUGAGGUCUCUGGGCUGCAAGAUAAAGAUCAGCUCCAAAUUCCAGUCUGUCGUCAGCAGCAGGAGAAGCUCUAUUUGGUCGGAGUCUGCGGACACCUCCAACUCCAUCGCUAUCUGAACGGGAGAGCCCCCCCCCCCCCCCCCCCCAUCUACAGUCAUUUGAAUAAACCUGUGGAGUUUACAGACUCUCUUCAACGACACAGAUGUGGGUGAUAAAGCGUGUUCCUGUACGUUUCCCAUGAUGCAUUACAUGUAUAUAAGGCUGUGCUUCCUUUCAACUUUCUGUUGUUCAUAGUGCCAUGCUGCGACUCAAGAUGCUUUUUAUAACAUUUCCUUUUCCUCAUUACCACCCAUCAUUUGCUAUUAAUCAGCAUAUUAUGUUAAACUGUGGAGCGUGUGAAUGCUGUUUUUUACUUGGAUUUUAUAUCAUAUUUUUCUAGUAUAUUUUACCAUAAUUUUUUACACAGAAUAUUCAAAUACAGAAUAAAGCUUUAUUAAUCAUGAUAAUGUAUGUUUCCAAUAUCAAAGUACAGUGCACAAAAGGACAAUUCAAUAUAUUUCAAAUAAUUCAAAUAAAAACCCAUCAAACAGAG